AUGUCAAAAUCUAAUGGCAAAUCAAGAAAAUCUCUGGUAUCUCUUAAAGGGGCGGGUCCUCUUGGUUGCGGGAUUUGCCAUAUGCAGUUUCCUACACCUGAUGAGAGGAUUCAGCAUGCUAGAGAUAAACAUAAUGUGCACAAAUCAAAGUUUCCCUGUACAGCAUGCAAUAUUACUGGAUUUUCCGUAUUGAACAAUCUGAAACACCAUAUUCGAGCAAAAUGCUUAGGGGUUGGAUGGGAAGAACGUUUUAUCAAUAAAUCAGAUGCUGAUCUCGCUUCUUCUGAAUUAAAUGAUGGAAACGAAAAGCAAUUAAAAUGCAAUCAGUCAAAAUCCUUAUCUCUUGAUUCAAAUAAGGCUCUUGAGCAGAAUCGGAGGCCUUCUUUGCGUUCCUCUAAACCGGAAAAGCCUGAAAACUGUGGAGCAAGUACCCAAGGUGAUUCGGCGGCUUUUAGUGGUUCUUUACCUUCAAGAAAACGGCGAAUGUCAGAUGCUGCCGAAAAACCUUUGAAGAUUCCUAGCAAGAAGCUGAAGUCGGAUGAGAAUGUGCCAAAAAAUAAAGGUGAACAAUUAGAGAGCACCCAGAAUGACAAGAUUGUCAUGAGAAGGACGAGACACAAUAGUUCCAUCGACACCAAACAAUUCGUUUCGAAGUUAACGAAAUCUCGUAAAACUUCAAGUUUGUCCCAUGAGAAUCUAGUGAGAGAUACUACGGAUAAAAAUUCAAUUGAGGAUUUAAAUACCGAACCUGGUGAUGAACACACUCGGGCUAAGGCCGGACCAUCAAAUUUGGCUCACAUCAGUAAAAAACCUGAAUCGAAGUCCUUUGAUAGAACCCUGCCCUUGAGAAAAAGAAGGAUAUCAUCGAAAAUCCCCAAUAAGAAACUAAAAUCUGGGGAAACUGAUGAUAUGGCUAGUAAGGAAGAACCAGAGCAUGCUAUCAAGUCUGUUCCCGCUGAAAGCAUGUCAACCGUUCCAGGCAAAAAUCUUGAAAAUUAUUCCUUCCCCGAUACUGGUGCCAUGGAAAAGACAAAGGCAAAUAGUUCGAAUAAAGUCGAAUCCGGGUUUUCCAGAUCGACUUCACAAAAGCUACAAAACUACGGGAAAUCUCCCCCCGAUGUGCAAGAGUCUGGUAAAGAAUCGAUUUUGGAUUCGAUUUCUACAUCCCACGAAGCAGCAUCUUCUUUAGGUGAUAUUUUUUCUUCGAGAAGUCGAAGAGUUGUAACCAAAAUACCUAAGAAGAAUUCGAAAUCCAUUGAAUCGCAAUUUAUUGAUUGUGAAGAACGAAAUAGGAAACAAGAGCAGGAAAGCGAAUCCAAACUAAUGUCAUCUGAAUCAAUUAGUAAAGAUAAAAGUGGCAAUGACGACAAGCAAGACCAGCCAUGUGCAUCUGAGCGCCUUUCUCCUAUGACACAAACAAGAAGUGGUAGUUCGAGUGUUGUCAGUUCUGGUGUUUCCAAGGCGACUAAAGAAAGAUUGAAGAAAUCUCGCAUCAUUUCAGUGGAACCAUCUGAUCAAAAAGGAAUAUUGCCCUCUAAUGAUUUAUCAGAAAUUGACAAUGACGCAAAAUCUUCAAAUAGGAUGUUGUCAACAUCUAAAGGUAAAUUUGCUGUUGAUGUUAAGAAAAGUCCAUCACACUUUCAUUCUACUAUUUCAAAUUCAAUUAAAAGGGCCAAAAAAGGUGGCCCAUGGAAGAUCCGGUCAGAAAAGGAAGAUCCGUCUAACAUUCCUGUUAAAAAGAGUCAUUCUCCACAUGUACAUAAGUCCCUUGUUCGUGCGGCUUCUCUUAAAACAAAGAAGUUGCCAGAAUAUUUUAAGGAUUCCGUUCAGAAAGAUUGUAAAAAAAGGUACUCUAUGGAUUCUGCUGGAGCAUCUUGUGAAUCGCUGAGUAACGAUAAUACUAUCCCCACAAAUGCCAUUGGCGUUAGUCAUUUGGAAAGCAUUGCCGAAGAAAAGGCAGUUUCUCCGAGUUCCACCAAAGAAAGCAAAUCAAAAUCAGUAUCUAAGGAGUCUUUAGAAUUGCUGAAACAGGCUGACUCUAACAUAAUGGUCUCUUGUGGUGAAAUGCGGGAUUCAUCAAAGUCAUCAAAGGAGUGCCAGCAAUCGGAGGCAGAAGCUAUCUCGAAAGUCACUGGAGAAAACAUCGAGAUUCAUAUAGCAAGCAAGGACAUGGAGUCGGCUUCAGCUCUUGCUUCUACCUCUGAUUUUAGAAAGAGGCUGAAUUCAACAAUGUCUGGAAAACGUGCCAAAGGCAUCGUCAAAGGUCAUCAGAAUUCGUCGUCUACUUCACCUAAAGCUAAGGAGCCAGCUGCUCUUGAAUCAGCAGAUACAUCACUCGAUGCUAAACGUCUAGAGUUAAAACGUCUACGGGAGUCGUUGGGGCUUGAUUUUAGCCAUACACCAAGAUCAACUUCGUCUUCAGUCAGUUCAAAUGCAAGCGGAUCUUCAGCUCUGGGUUCACCACAAACACCAAAAACCACGUUUGAUGGCCUAAACUUGCUCAAAUCUUCACAGAGUACUCCAAAUCCUUCAACACAACUUACUGUCAUAACUCCAAAAGUAGCCGAAAAGUUCGCCCUCUUGGAUUGGGAUAGUUUUAUCGCCAAAGCUUCAAGCAAAUCCCGUACACCGACGGUACAAACAGAAACGUCUAAGAAGUUAAAAACGCUUGUAGAUAUGAAAAUCAAGAAGAUCGUUUCUCCUAAAACCCCUACUGUUUCAACUGUUGAAGAAAAAUCGGUAACAGGGCCCCUCAGCGAAGAAACUGGCAACUCUCUUGAGAAUACAGAGAAAGCCGCAGUCUCUAAUACUCCAGAAAGUCCAUCAAAACCCAGUAAGGAAACGAAGUCAAGGCUUCACGAUUGUGACGCUGAACUCUCUACAGGCAAUAAUUUCUCUGCUGCCUCUGGCUCGCCUUUGAUUUCUGAGAAACCCAGCCCAAAAUCGAAGGCGAACACUCCCAAGAAUUCUAAAUCAGGUGUUAAAGAGAAGGAUACAAAGUCGUCUACCAAAGUAUCUGCUGAAGAUAUUUCACUGAAUUCCGAGAUGUCCACUGGUAGUAAAAUUCCAGAACUUGCUGAGGAAACGCAAAUGGAAGUUGAAACAGAUUCGGCUGUUCAGGACAAGCAAAUAACCGUAUCUCCACUGGAUUACAAGGCAAGUUUGCUUUUAAAAUCAUUUCAAUCUCUACUUAUAUUCUUUAUAGUACUUCAAGAGAUUGAUGACUCACACGACGUUGUAAAGAAUGACGACGAAAGUUCUGAGUCAACAGUUCCCUGCUAUGGCGAAAGUAGUAUAGCCAGUGAUAGUGACAGGGAGUCAGGUCAGAAUGCAAAGAUGUCGAUGCUCAGUUGUCCAGUCUGCCAUGUUGGAGGAUUCGCAACCAAAGCAGAGUUGAAGGUCCAUCUGACCAUUUCUUGUCGAGAAGAGGAACCACAAAAGAAGAAGGUUAUAAAGAAAAGAAAGCGUCCAAUUGAGUGGUACUGCCCUGGUUGUCCUCGUUCCUUUGGACCAUUUGAGUCGGCUAAAGCCCUACUUGAUCAUCUGCCAACCUGUCAUAUAAAGCGUGCAGCUUUCUUAAAUGGAGAGAGCAAAACGGGCAAAGGAAAGGGUAGACAUUUUCAAUUAGAUCCUAAGGACCUUCCAUUUUGGCCUGCCCCUCUUCCCACCACUCCUGUGACCUAUGGAUGCCCCGUUUGUGGCUGCUUCUUCGCCACUGCAUCACGGUUGGACCAGCAUCGAUCUGAGGCCGAUCAUUUCCAUGUUGUCGGUCGUUUUCUCAAUACUAACGGCCAUUUUAAAUAUUCUAAGUAG